AUGGAAGUACGCCUUUUUAAUCGUACCAUCUACCUCUUCAUCCUGGUUGAUAUUGAUUGGGUCCCAGCAGGCGUCAUCACCGAAUACUACGCAAUGCUUAUCCUCGAAGUGACCGUCAUCCUCCUGUCCAUCCUCGUCAAGACGGUCGCCCUACAAGCCCAGCUCCGCUCCGGGUCCCUCCAUCGAAAUAUGCUACGUCUUUGGCAGUACGCAACUAUCAUGGAAAACGCGAUGAACGCCUCGCAGUUCUUUUUAAUUCUGGUUCAGCUGAAGUAUAUCCCGACGUUGGUCUGCUGGCCGCUGGACCUGUUCCUGUUGUCGUGCUCCUUCUUGCGCUGCACCAUGCUUCAAUCAAGAACAUUCCUACUUGCCUGCUUCGUCGGGGAACGCGCACUAGCCCUCUACUUCAUGAAAGACUAUGAGAAGAAGCCACGGCCCUGGAUUUGGGUCUUCAUCGCGUUCGCCCAUUUUUCGGCUACGUUCUGCUACGGAUUCUCGGUGCAUUACUUCCUCUUUGACCUCGUUGCCACUCAAAUCUUCAUGUACUGCUUCCUGACCGUGGUCCUCAUCUUUACGGGGCUAUUCUACCACCUGGUCCGAUUGAGCAAUCGGCUAGUCGUCACCGUUGAUGACAGUAUGGCCUACAAAGAAUAUCGCCUCAGCAUCCGCUUUCAGGGCCAGGAGAAUAUGAGGGCGUUCAAGACGAUGACUUACCUCUUCUUUUCCACCGCUCUAAACACCCUAAUUCUCUGCCUAAUGUGUCAAGCUCUCGUGCUCCUACUCUGGAAUCUGGGCGACUUUUAUUCGCCUGCAGUGGCGCUGGUGGAUUUGGUUUUUGUGGGUGGCGACUUCACCUUCCAAAUAAUGUUCCUCAUCUUGAGCCGUGGGUAUCGGGAACGAUUCUUGGCCGUUUUAUCCGAUACCUUCUGCUGCUGCCUCCACAUCCAGCCUCGCUCCCCAUCCACCGAAUCCGUCGUCAAAAACAGCGAUCACCCCGAGGGCGACGUCUACUUUGACCAGUUCAAGAAUGCCUGGGCU